GGCUGGGGACACCAUGAGUCUCUGGGACACUCGUGCCAGGGACCUGGACAGGUACAUUGAGGAGCAUCUCUUGCCUGAUACCACUUUCCGGACAGAGGUGCGAAGUGCCAUUGACAAGAUCUGCUCCUUCCUAAAGAACUGGUGUUUCCGAGACAGGUGGAGGUCAGUUCGGGUGACCAAGGUUGUGAAGGGAGGCUCAUCUGGCAAAGGCACAGCCCUGAGAGGCUGCUCCGACGCGGACCUGGUAAUAUUUCUCAGUGACUUCAAAAGCUAUCAGGACCAGAUAAACCGCCGAGGAGAGUUCCUCUGGGAAAUCCAGAAACGUUUGGAAGAAUGUGAGCGUGACCAAGAUAGAAUGUUUAAAGUAAAAAUUGAAGUCAACAGGUGGGAUAACCCUCGAGUGCUCAGCUUCAGGAUGAAGUCGAAAAAGAGCAGUCACUGGGUGGACUUUGAUGUGCUUCCAGCCUUGGAUGUUCUAGGACACGUGACCCAAGGCUUCAAACCUGAUCCCCAGGUCUACAUUGAACUUAUAAGGAAAUGCUGGAAUGGGGGAGAAUUCUCCACCUGCUUCACAGAGCUCCAGAAGUUCUUCCUCAAACAGCACUGCACCAAGCUCAAAAGUCUCAUCCGAUUGGUGAAACACUGGUACAAAAUGUGCAAGAACAAAAUGGAUGAUCUCCCCCCUCAGUAUGCCUUAGAGCUCCUGACUGUCUAUGCCUGGGAGCAUGGGAGCAAGGAAACUGAUUUCAGUACAGCUCAGGGCUUCCAGACAGUCCUGUACUUGAUCCAGAAUUACCAAAAGCUCAUGGUCUACUGGACCAUCAACUAUGACUUUAAGAAUGUGACCAUUGGAGAGUACUUGAAAUCACAGCUGAAAAAACCCAGGCCAGUGAUCCUGGACCCAGCUGACCCAACUGGUGAUGUAGGGGGUGGAAGUCGAUGGCGCUGGGACAUGCUGGCACAAGAAGCUUACCGAUGGUCAUCUGCCCCAUGUCUUCGAAACUGGUAUGGGAGCUGUGUGCAGCCAUGGAAGGUGCCGGUGGAGCAGACCUUGAAAGGAAGCAAGGGCUUUCCCCCACGCUCAGAAGGCUUCUCCAUUUGCGACUGUUUUUGUUGCUGUUUUUGUUGUGUUCUUUUUUGGAUUUAG